AUGGCAUCAGAACCUAGCCUCUCCGCCAGCAAUGAAUCCAUUCCACAAAUGGAGCCGCCGCCGCCGGCGGUUGAGCGGUUCAAAUACUCCGCUAGGGUUUUUCUACGGUCGAUUUUAGGCCGUGCCGACGGCGGCAAAGGGUUAGCCGGGCAGAGAGUUCUGGUCGGGGGAUGGGUGAAGUCUGGUGUGGAGAAACAGAAGCCGGGUGUUCCGUCGUCGUUGUCGCCUGGGGCUGCGGCUCAUCCAGUUGUAAAGGACGUGACUUGCUCGGAGGUUCUCAUUAACCGGCUCUCCAUUCUCCGGUCGAUCGCAAGGAUUCUCACCGGCGGAGUAUGCAACGCACUUUCGAUCGGGAAGCCGGCGGACGGCCCAGCGAAGCCUGUGACAACCGUUGGCUACUUGCGGAUCAGUGAUGGGUCCUGCGCUGCCAAUCUUCAGGUAGUCGUUGAUUCAUCUCUGCAUACUCUGUCCCAAAUACUGCCCACAGGAACUUCCAUUCUAGUUGAAGGAGUGAUAGCCAUACCGAAGGCGCCAGGAAAGUAUGCAGUGGAACUUGAAGCGGAAAAAGUUUUAUAUGUUGGCGGUGUUGAUGCUGACAAGUAUCCCUUGUCAAAAGGGCUGUUGUCAAGGGCAUUCUUAAGAGCUUAUCCACACCUUCGCCCACGAGCAUCUAUGGUAGCCUCAAUUGCACGAAUUCGUAAUUCACUAUCACAUUCUACUCAUCAAUUCUUCCAGAGCAAUGGUUUCCUUAACGUGCAGAUGCCCAUCAUUACCACUACUAAUUUAAGGAACCAUAAGAAGAUGUUUGAAGUCUCAAUUCUAUCAAGCAAAGCUGAUGACAGCCUAAGACUAGCUGCAAUUAAUGAUCAGGAGGCCAAAACACUUGAAACUAUCAAAGCUGCCAUUAAGGAAAAAAGCAAGAGAAUUGAGGAGCUGAAGAGAAGUAAUAGCAACAAAGAGGCCCUUCUCACUGCAUUGCAAGACCUCCAGAAGGCUAAUGAACUAGCUCAUCAACUGGAACAUAAACAUACUUCAAUCUUGACGAAGACUAUAAAGGAAGAUUUUUCUGAAAAUUUCUUUGGCCGCCAGGCAUACUUGUCAUCUUCUACACAGCUUCACCUUGAAAGCUAUGCUUGCUCUCUUAGUUGUGUCUAUUCCUUCGGACCAACAUUUCAAGUUGAAGAUGGGCAGCCAUCAAAGAGUUUGGCUGAAUCAUGGAAGGUUGAGGUUGAACUUGCCUUUGCGAGGCUAGAAGACGCAAUGAACUGUGCAGAAGACUUUUUGAGGUACCUAUGUCAUUCUAUCAUCGAACACUGCCCCCAUGAUAUGCAAUUCAUGUACAAGCGAAUCGACAACAAGUGUAUUGACCGCAUUAAAUCUAUGGGAUCGAGCCCUUUUGCAAGAAUCAGUUAUACAGAGGCUGUGGAAAUUUUAAAUAAGAGGUUUGAAGAAAAAGUUGAGUGGGGCACGAUUCUAUCUAGAGAACAUGAAAGUAUUCUGGCUGAUGAGAUUUAUGGUCGGCCAGUCAUCAUAUAUGACCACCCAAAAGAUUCGAAGCCCUUUUAUUUGCGGGUUAGAGAUGAUUUUAAAACAGUUUCGGCUUUCGACAUUAUUGCACCAAAGGCUGGAAAAUUAGUUCAGGGAGGCCAAAAGGAAGAGCGUCUUGAUAAGCUCAUAGAGAGGGGAAGAAAGCUUGGCUUGGUCCAAGAAGACUAUGAUUGGUACUUGGAUCUGAGGCGACAUGGCACUGUACAGCACUCAGGUUUCAGCGCUGGGUUGGAAGAAAUUGUGAUGUUCGUAACUGGCCUUGAUGAUAUCAGAGAUGCAAUUCCCUUCCCCAGAAACAGAGGGUCUGCUGAUACAUAG